GUAGUGAGGGUCCAUUUCUCCAUCAGGAAGGACGUUGGUAUUAAGGAGAUUGUAACUGCCAUGUCUCCCAGUGCUUUGACAAAACCUCAGAUGCGUGGCCUUCUGGCCAAGUGCCUGCAAUUUCAUAUUGGUGGAGUGAUCGUUGUAUCCCUGGAGACUGCAGAUUUCCAGCAGUUUUCAGUGGCUGACCCGAGGGAGAAGGCAUACGCAGAUUUCUACAGAAAUUAUGAUUCCGUGAAAUAUUUUGAGGAGAUGACAAAGGCUGGUAUCUUUCAGAGUGCCAAGUGA